AUGGACUCGAACUUUUUCUUCAAACUCGGGGCGGAGAUCUCGAUCGAUUUCGUCAUAACGUUGCUCGUAAACUUGGCGGUUCGAGGAAACCCUUCAUACUGGACUCUGUCGGCGACUCUCAUGGUGUUGUGCCAACUCAUCACGGCGGCGAUCAACGAUACGUUGAUUGUUUACUUUUUGGCGCCGACUAAGGCGAGCGUGGGGAAGAAACCUGAGAUUGCGAACGUGUUCGCGAAGGGUGACUACUCGCUUGCGCAGCGCGCGAUGUGCUACUUGAACAAGGGGAAAUUUUACGGUAUACUAGGCUCACUAUCUUGCGUCCUAUCCAUGUUUCUGGCGUUGGCGUUGGCGGGCAACGCCGCAGGAUUCACACAAGAGGUAUUGUUCCGUUCUCUUGCGUGUGGAGCAUUGCAUAUGGGGAUCAGCUCUAAUACAAGAUAUCAGCUCGUGAACGGCGUCGAACGUUUGGCGUACGACGUCGCACCCACGAACGUCGCCAAACUAAUCUCUGUGUCGGUACGAAUGGGGAAUAACUUUCUAGGUGCGAGACUUUGGAUGAUGGUGGCCGUACUCACCGGUCUUCAGUAG